AUGAAUCAGAGUUUAUUGAAAUGGCAUAAGAAAAAUGAUAACAAUAUAAAGAUCGAAAAAAUAAAUUUAUUUAGUGAAAAUUUUAGUAUGAACUAUGUUUUAGAUCAAUUAUUCAACAAGUUUGAUGAAAAAAAACAUCUUUUAUGUGAUAUUAAUAAUGAAAUAUUAAAUUCACAAAGAAGAAAAAAAAAAUUAAAUAAAUAUGAACAUAACUUAAUACAUAAUCAAACUAAUAUUAUAUUACAUACAAAAUAUAAUUAUAAUAAACUAACCAAUAUAAAUUAUGUUAAAUAUUAUUUACCUUAUUGUAUUCAACCUAAAACAAAUAACACCGAUAUAUGUCCUUUAAAGAAAUGCUUCCAAAAAUAUACAAAGAAAGAAAACAUUUUAAGAGAAGUUAAUAUAAAGAAAAAAUUAACUCAAUAUAGGAUUAUCGAAUUUAUUAAAAAAUACACAGGAAAAAUUAAAAGUGAUAAUAUUUUACAUAAAGAAGUUUCCAAGCUAUAUAAUAAAAAUUCUAGAAUUGAAAUAUAUUUAAAAAAUGGAAAAUAUAACAAAACUUAUUUUGACAUAGCAAUUGGAAAUAUUGUUUUUUUUGAUUGUUUAAUAAAUAUUUUACUAGAAGACGUUACAUAUAUUAGUGGUGGAAAACCUCAGCACAUUCCCUGGAUAUUUAUUCAGUCAGGUAGUAUUUUAUUUUUAAAGAAAUUGAAUUAA